GUCACCGAUGCCCCCAGCCCCACAGCGCCGCAGGGAGCACCGGAGGAGCUGGACACCGCCGCCAAUGGAACCACGGCAGUGCCCACGGCUGGCACCAGCGCCCCGCCGUGCCCUGGGGACGAGGAGCCGGCUGACACCUGCGGGGACCCUACGGGGGAGCAACGGGCUGCCGUGGCCGAGGCUCUGGUCACCUUUGCCCUCCGCUUCUACCAGCACAUGGCAGAGGCUGCUCAGCCCGACGCCAACCUGCUCUUCUCCCCUAUCAACGUCGCCAUGGGGCUCUCGCACCUGCUGCUGGGUGCCCGCGGAGAAACCCAGGAGCGUCUGGCCGCCCUCCUGGCGUACCCGCAGGAGCUGGACUGCGUGCAUGGCGCCCUGAAACAGCUGGCCAGCACUCCAGGCCUCUUCUCGGCCGCACAGAUCUUCCACCACCCAGAGCUGCACCUCCGGCCCCGCUUUCUCAACGACUCCCUGCGCUUCUACGGCGCCCGCCCAUACGCCCUGAGCGGCAACGAGAGCCUGGACCUACAGCGCAUCAAUGCCUGGGUGCGAGAGGCCAGCAAGGGGCUGCUGCCCACGCUGCUGUCCGCGCUGCCCCCCGAGCCCCGCCUGCUGCUGCUCAGCGCCGUCCACCUGCGGGCCGCCUGGCGCACGCCGCUGGACCGCAAGAAGACGGUGCUGCUGCCCUUCCUGCGGCCCGGGCACCCCCCGCGCAAGGUGCUCACCAUGACCAGCGCCAAGUACCCGGUGGCUUCCUUCACCGAUUCCCGCCUGCAGGUCCAGGUGGGGCGGCUGGAGCUGAAUGGGGGGCUGAGCCUCGUGGUGCUGAUGCCACGGGGGCCCCUGGAGCCUCUGGAGACCCUGGAGCGGGCGCUGGACCCCACGACCUUCCUGGCGCUGCUCCGGCGAGCGGCCCGCACCUCGCCCCGGGCCACCGCGCUGUCCCUGCCCCGCCUGCGCCUCGACAUCGCCCUGGACGUGGUGCCUCUGGUCCACGACAUGGAUUUCGGGCUGUUCCUGGAUGCGGAGCUGUGCGGGCUGGCGCAGGGCCCGGCCGCGGUGGACACGGCGCAGCACCGGGCGGUGCUGUCCCUGGACGAGGCCGGCGUGGAGGCGGCGGCGGCCAUGGCCACCUCGGUGGCGCGCUCGGCUCUGGUGCUGGAAGCCCUGCGCCCCUUCCUCUUCGUCCUCUGGCACAACACCGGCGAGUUCCCCGUCUUCAUGGGCCGUCUCAGCGACCCCCAGCCCUGACCCCCCUGCCCCUCCUGUCCCUGUCCU